GUUGUCCUAUGCAGUGCCGCAUUGCUAGGCGAUGUUUUUCAAAGUUAUUCCGUUCAGAAGCUAAAAUUGGCUAAUUAUUCGAGGAAAACUUUAUAUAAAUUUUCUUUCUUUUCUAUAGCCGCUCUCACUGCAUUUAUUUGGUGCGUAAGGCAUGAAUAUUAUUCAUUAAAAGAAGAAAGAAAAGCUGACCACGACCGAUUUCCUCCUCAUUCGCAUGUUUUAAAAGAUUGGCAGAUUUUACUAUUAAAGAAGUUUCCAACAAGAGUUCUUUCCUCCUUAUGGGGGAGAAUCCACGAUUACGAGUUACCUGCAUUUCUUAGAAAGCCUAUUAUUGGAGCCUAUUGCUGGCUUUUUAACUGCAACAUGCAAGAAGCGCAGCGCCAGAAUUUUAAGGAUUAUAAAAGUCUAAACGAUUUUUUUACCCGCCAACUUUCUCCCUUGGCUAGACCAAUUGAAGAUUCUAUAAUUACCAGUCCAGCGGAUGGACGAGUUCUGUAUUUGGGUCCUGUUCCAAACGGAAGAGUGGAGGCUGUUAAGGGGAUUUCAUAUAGUAUUGAAAGAUUUCUGGGCGAAGUUCCUAUUCCAAGAGAGGGCUAUAGCUUGCAACAGAUAACAAUUUAUUUGUCCCCGAGCGAUUGUCAUCGAUUUCAUUCGCCCACCAAUUGGAACAUUCGGAAACGCGUGCAUUUCCCUGGGGAUUUGCUAUCAGUUGCUCCGCCCUUAACGCAUGUUAUUGAGGGCCUUUUUAACUAUAACGAGCGAGUGGCUCUGAGUGGCACGUGGAUCAACGGCUUUUUUAGCUUUAUUGCCAUUGGCGCUUUUAAUGUCGGGUCCAUUUGUUUCUAUUUCGAUUCGGAGCUGUCCACCAAUUGUAAAAAAGAUAGUAAAUUGCGGGAACGAAAGUUUAAACACUUUUCAGAUCCCUUAUUGGUUCCUAAGGGAGAAGAAAUUGGAUUAUUUAAAUUUGGAUCUUGCAUCGUUUUAAUAUUUGAAAUGCCCCAAAGUUUUAAAUUUCUUGUAGCUCCUGGCGACAAAGUUCGUAUUGGCCAAUCGCUUGUUAAAUAA